UGCAAUAUUGGCAGUUACUACAAGUGCAGUCCGAAAACAUUACAGGAGAGAUAUGCAUAUGAGCAUUUCCACAGAAUAGUCAACCAGGGCCGAGAAGUAAAAUGAGCAAUCAGUUGUAUAGGAGCUAUAAGUUAUGUAAGUGGUCCGAUUUUAACGGUUUCCACAAAUGAUUAAUACAUUAAAAAAGUACACUCGCGUAUUAAAUUUCAGUCGGAUAUCUUGAAAACUGACGGACUAAAUUGCGCUCAAACAGACGGACAGCUGAACUUGGCAAAUCGACUUAGCUCGACGUUCUGAUCAUUCUUGUACCUUCAAACAUCGGAACAAAUUUAUAAUACCACUUCAUGUUCAUGAAGGUGUUCUAAAAUGUUCCCUCCUAAUGUAAAAUUCGAUCCAGAAGGCAAUGAUGCAAUAACCAUCUUAAACGCUAAACUGAAAAAAAUUGAAGAGCAAAACAACUAUUUGCAAAAAGAACUGAAAAACGUAUCGUCUAUGCUUGCCAAGCAUAUGGUCUAUUUGGAAAGACUUUCCAACCAUGUUUUCCCGAAGACUUUAAAUUUCAACUUUUUUCCAUUUAAAUCAAAAGAAGAAAUGGACGAUGUGGAGAAAAAUGUUGAAUCUAUGGCAAUAAAUGAAGUUAUGGAAUAUAUAAGAGAAACCAUCGGGCCCAAUGAUAUUUCGAAGUCGCUUAAUAAAUUGUUUACGGAAGAAUUUCUGUUAUCCUUAAACUGGGAUGGCAACCAGAAAAAGUUAGCAUUGCGAAAAUAUAAAAUCUUUUCAAAAUAUGCUUUUGAUGCGGUGAAACGAGAAGAUUACGAUUAUUCGGAUUACGAAGCAUCAAUGCGGAAAGGUUUCCGAAAGAUGAAGAAUAGGGUGUAUAGGAGACGCUACAAUAAUAAGCUGACCAGUGAAGCAGCAUCUACGCUAGACAAAAAUUAAUAUUUGAAUUAAAUCUUAAGUAUGUUCAUUGCAAUUAAGUACCUUUAAAUGUUAACAAACUUGUAUUAACAUGAAACUACAUACAUACAUAUGUAUGUACAUAUAUUUUAAUUUGAGCUAAUGCAUUGUAAACACUUUCAAAAUCAAGUUCAUGUUGAGUUAAUAUGUAAUUUAUAAUAUAUAUAAUUACGGUGACCAUCCGUCCUGUAUUAUAGGGGACAGUCCUUUUUUUCAUCAA